GAAUCAAGAGACGACUGGAUAUCAAAAGACUACCAACAUGUUAUUCUUCCUUGAGUAAUGACAAUGGAAACAAAGCCACAAGUCAAUUACAAGAACAGAUGCAACAAACAUUGCAUGUGUCAAGGCCUCCAAACAAAUUAUCAGAAACAGUGACCAAGGAACCAGAAAACCAAUGGCCCGCUAUUGUUCUUGAGCGAGUUACACAAAUCAAGAGGCGACUGGAUAUCAAAGGACCACCUGUAAGAACUGACUCGCCUUCCAGUAUUGACAGUGAGGAUGAAAAGGGUCACAUUAGCAAAAAGGGGCAACAAGAAUUACACACAAGGCCUCCAAUAAAAUUAUCUCAAACAGUGACCAAGGAACCAGAAAACCAAUGGCCAGCUCUAAAUCUUGAGCAAGUAACAAGAAUCAAGAGGCGACUGGAUAUCAAAGGACCAUCACCAAGACCUGAUUCACCUUCCAGUAGUGACAGUGAGGAUGAAACCACAGGCGACUUUAGGAAAAAGGAGCAAAAGAAGGUAAAUGUGUCGAGGCCUGGAUUGGAAACAUCUGCUGUACUAACAACUUCAGAAAAAAUGUUCACACAGUCUCCAGGUGUUCUAGUGAAGAACAUUUCUCAUACCCCAAAGAAAGACCACAACAUCUUAUUAGAAAAAUAUGAAGUUAUGUCAGAUGAUCUGGAGAACCAACCAACAAACACUGCCUGCUCAACACCAGAAAUAACCCCAGAACUGCAAACACGGUGGGCCACAAUGCAUCUAGGCGUUUCUCGCUUCCGAAGACGUCUUGAAAUUACAUCGCCUACAACAAAACCACCAAAUCCGCCAUUUUCCCCUCCACGUUAUUUCCCAUACUCCUCCAGCAGUGAAAAUGCACCUGAAAAACAACCAAGAUUACAAAGGAGGAUUGUUGGGACGCGAGAAUUAGUUCUCACAGACUCAUCUUUUGUGCCUGAAAACAUACCACAGAAUCGUUCUCCCACAUUGAAGGAUCCACAUAACAAAGUCAGCUUUCCAUUUGAAGUCAAACCAAGUGUAACAGGAAAAGAUAAGACUAAAGCAGACACCAUUUUGGUUGAUUUAAGUUCCCAAGACAUUAAAAGGUAUCAGGAUAUAUGGGUUGAUGAAAAGACUUUAGCUACAACUUCUCAACGUUACUCUUCUUCUUUGAGCAGUGAUAGCAAGGAGGAAACAACAAACCCAUGUGUCCCUGACAUCAAGAAGUAUCUGAAUAUCAAGACACCAUCACCAGAGCCAAAUAAUACCCAGGCAUUUUUCAGUCAAGGUGAAAAAGAUGGGACCAAAUACAGUGAAAUGCAAAGCAGACAAACAUUAACUAAAUUAGAAACAACAGAUGAGUCGCUUAUCACUUAUAAGCGUUCAAUUAUCAAAACAUCCUCACUCCCUAAAAACUAUUUUAUCCCAGCUGGCAGUAGUCAAGCUGUGGACCAUACAUUCAUUGCACAAAGAGUAGACAGUUACAGAAACACAUCUCAUUCCCCAAGGCUUGAUACAAGCAUGAACUUUGAUGAUAGACCAACCACCUUAAACACAGAUGUGGCCCUGCAACAUGAAAUAAGAUGGAUGGGAGUUGGUCAUCAUUUAUCUGGCUUUUCGAACUCCAAUCCAGCCAGUAUGAAUGCAGUGUUACCAACUCUACAGCAGGCUUCACUUGCAGAACCACGUUCCCUCCCUUUUGAGGACUCUAGCAGUACAAGUGUCACUGACAAAAUGCAAGACAGUGGCAAAUUAGACAAGAUACUAAUGAAUAAAUACUCAUCACUUGACAGUGAAAGUGCUUCUCCUCCAUCCAUCGGUACGUUUGAUUUGUUUGGUAUUUCACCAGCAUCAAUGGACAAGAAGGAAAAGAAAGGCCUUGGUGCCUUAAAAAUCAUGUCACUGGAGAGAAGACUGUGGGAGAAAGACUUAAGUAAAGAUCCAUCUCUUCCAACUGAUGACUCUGGUUCACAAGAUGACAAUUUUAGUUACAGUCAAUUUGAAAAAGACACCAAAAUUUCAUCUAAAGAGCCAGUAAAACUUGCUUCAACUUCUUCAUUGGACAAGAAACGAGAUGCAGAUUUGUUGUUAUUGUAUGGAAUUCCUCGCUACAUUAGGCAUGACAUUAAAGCCCCAGUGCAGGAUACUGUUCCAGAAAGCCCUCUACCAGAUGACUGAAGGCUUAUUGAGAUUUACCCGUUAAGAAUCAAGACCAUAAAGGGAAAAAUAUAUAUAUAAAAACAAAAUAACCUAACUAAUCAUUACUUAAAUCAGAAAAACUGCCAAUCACGUACUUACAAAAUAAACUAAUGACUAGUUUUUUCCCCUAAAUUGUUCAAUGUGUGUGCAUACUAAACUUAAAAUUAACUGUAAUGUUCAAAUUUAGCUUGCAGCCGUUGCACACCAUUUAUUGUAUGUUCUUUAAAUGACCCUUUUUCUCUAUGUAUCGUUUUUAGUUGCCUUACUUACUUAUUUCUACACACAAGACUUCAAUAAAACUACAUAACUAUUCUUAAAAUCAUUUGUACAAAUAUUUUUAGAGCAAAAUUUACUAAAAAUGCAAAAUACAAUCCAAUAAGUUAAUAAACCCUUUUAUUUAUGUGUAUAGACAUAGGUUAUAGUGAAAACAGACAUAUAGACACUUAGUUUACAUACAUAUAUACAGUUGGGACAAGGCUGUUCACCCUCCUGCAGUUUUAUGGGAGAAUUCUAAAACAUCCAUCUCUACAUAGUAUUUGGUAGGCAAUCCAACAGCUAGUUUUUGUUGAUGGUUACUGCAUCAUAAAGAGAAGAUUUUACUGAAAGCUUGUGGGAAUGAUCCUCACAACUGAUCUAAAUGUGUGUAUCUUGUGUGUAUCAUGACAGUGGCAAUGACUGCAAAUAAUUUAUGUACUUGAAAAUGAAUAAAACAAUUCUUCACACUUUGCAGCGUGCUGGGAAUUUUGUUAAGUGUAAAGAUGCAUUAAAUGAUAAAUGCAGGGGGGAACUCCCGUUCCACCAUGAGGUUACAGGUGUGUUCCAAGUCUUAGUAGACAAUUGUUUUUUUUUCCCAUUAGAAAAAUAAACUUACAUGAUUGUGUAUGUCAAAGCAAGCACAAAACACGUGCACAAAUAACUGUACAAAACAAAAACAUGUUUGAAAAAUGUUUCUGAAAGAUCUCAUCCAUUCACAAAAAGGCUCGUUGGAGCAUGCAUGCAAAUAUUAAAUCUUCUGACGGUUCAGCAUCACAUCACAGUCAAAGACAAAAGAAUUUAUACAAGAACAUUACACUAGGCAAACAGAACAGCAUAGCAUCUUUACACAGUUCUAAACUGUCAGUGUCCACUGUUUUAUUACAUCCUAAAGGUGCUAAUGGUGUUUACAAAAAAUGCUUUCAGCAAACCUACCUUACUAGCCUAAAGGGCAUUGUUCUCAAAAGGUAUCUGGUGUUUCCCUGCAGUUAUAUUAACACUUCCAGUUCUGGGAGAGAUGUUACCGGUAAAGAAAGACUAGAAACUAUCAGUAGACUUAGGAAGACGAACAGAUUCCAAACACAUAGACAAAAUGGACACCAUCUAGCUCUGUGUUAACUUAUAACACAGCCUAAACAGUCUAAAUUAGUCCUGAAAUAAUACCUGACCAAUUCUGUGUGUGUGUGCAUGUAGAAAAUGUAUUCUAUACAUUUGAAUUUGUUGGUAUGUGUGAAGGACACACAAUGUUUGAGGCACAAUAAUACUCUUACCUACAAAAUGCAGUUACAGGAACUGGUCGUCGGACCAACAGAUGCUGAUCAGAGCACUUGUGGCUCAGCACUGUUCUGUGACAAGAGUUAAGCAGCAAUGCUGAUCGGUUUGGUGUUAUGAGAUCUGGAGCCACUGCAGUGGGAUAGCAGAUAGUUUGCAUUAGCAAAACCCUAAGAGGGACCAAAAAACUGGAUGGAAUAAAAAUAACUGGCUUUUAUUGAUAAUAAACAGCACAGGCAUCAGAAACCCACAGUCAACCUUUUGACACAGUGUGCUUUUUGAAGUACUAACAUAGUUAAAAAAAAAAAAAAA